AACUAUCUCUAAUUCUAAAGUGCAAGCAAACCAGCAAAAGUACUAUUAUGAGCUGCCGUCCACUAGGUCACCGAUGGUAGCCACUAGUGUGAGACAGCUAUGAGCGUCAUCGUGGCCAGCCUAAGAUGUCAUUAUAUACGGUUCUUCCCAACAAUGAAUUUCUGAAAAACUUUCGCUUGAACCCAAUAAUAGCAACGAGGUUAUGGAAGUUUGGUCAAACCUUCUGCGUCACUCAGUAUAUCUAAG